CAGGACCUUGCCAGACCUGUCUCGCCAUGCCAGAGAUUGGGAACACCGAGCUCAGCUACAGUGGAACUUCCUGGGAAAGAAUCUGCCCAGUCCAUCACUGCCCCAUUCCUGCAUCCCCCAGGCUAGGGGGAGAGCACCUGCCCUCCUCCAGCCACACGCUUGGACCAAUUUCAACCCAGUCCAAUGGGCAGGUACCAUCCAGCUCCCAGGGCUCACAGCAGCCUCACCUGUAUUACUCCUGCAACCAGCAGGAGCCCGGAGGCAGCUACGGCCUGCCUCCACUCCCAGGGCAUGGCGAGAGGCCCAUGCUGUGUUCCCACCAUUCCAGCGGUGAUCCCACACCGGCUUCCCACCAUGACGUCUCGGAAACUCCCUGGAAACAGUGGUCCCCUGGCCAGCGACCCUCACGGCCAGUGCAGCAUCACAUUGUAACAGUCAGACAUGACAAAGCUUUCAGGAUGCCAAAAAGUUAUUCUCAAAUGAUCGCUGAAUGGCCCGUAGCUGUCCUGGCGCUGUGUUCAGUGACAGCUGUGGUUUGUACUUUAGCUGGCCUGCUUGUUGGAAAUUUGCCAGAUUUCUCAGAACCCUUAAUGGGUUUCGAGCCACGAGAUACUGACAUUGGCAGAAAGCUCAUUGUGUGGAAGAACGUAGAGAGCCAUACAGGCUACAAGAAGACCUUUUCCCUUUCUCCCUAUACUGAGAAGAACAGCUAUGAUGGCAUGGGCAUUAGCAGAGGACAGAAGGCUGUUCCAGGUGAACAGGAAGCGAGGACACGGAGAAUGGUGGAACACAUCUAUGGAGCAGAUGGUUUCUUUUGUGGUCCCCCAGAAAAGAGCUAUUCCCAGCUGGUAUUUAUGUCCACAACUGCUGGGAGCUUAUGGAACUUGCAAGCUAUUCAGUCCAUGUGUCAAAUUGAACAAGACAAGAUACGCUCACAUGUUCAUUUUAGAGACCUCUGUCAACGUACUGAGGCCAAUGAAUGCUGCCCAAGCUGGUCUCUGGGGAACUAUAUUGCUGUCCUGUACAAUAGGUCUUCUUGUUUGGAGAUAACCCAAGGAGACAUUUCCCAUACCCUGGCUCUCCUUCGUUCCUGCGCUCCAGACUACCACAAAGGUAUCCUUACUCCAUCUUGCAUAGGUCCUGAGACUGUGAGACAGAAACACUCUCAGUGUGCUAACGUCCCAGAAAAAUGUACCCGGUUCAAUGCUAUUUAUCAGCUGCUUCACUUCUUGGUCGACAGAGACUUUCUUAGUCCCCAGACAAUGGAGUACCAAGUGCCAUCUCUCAAAUACAGCCUGCUGUUUUUGCCUACAAGGAAAGGUGCAUCUAUGAUGGGGAUCUAUCUAGACAAUCUUGAAUCCUGGGAUCUGUUUGAUAAUUAUACAUCUAUUACUGGAAUGGACCUGGGCCUUAAACAGAAACUAUUCCAGCAUUAUCUUUUACUGGAUACUAAGUAUCCAGUCCUGGCAAUAUUAGCCAUUUUUCUAAGCAUUUCUUUUUACUUGCGCUCGGUCUUUAUUACAUUUAUGGUCCUGCUCGCUGUUGUCAGUUCUUUGAUGAUCUCCUAUUUCUUGUACAAGGUGGCCUUCAGAUUCACCUACUUCCCUUUUGUAAACCUGACAGCAAUUGUAAUCCUCAGCAGCAUCUGUGCCAAUCAUACCUUUGUCUUUUUUGACCUCUGGAACCUCAGCAAGAGCCAGAACCCUUCUGCUGGGCUUCCUCAGUGGGUGAGUCAAACCAUGCACCAUUUUGCAUAUCUAAUGCUGGCAUCUUGCUUCACAACAGGUGCUGCUUUCUAUGCCAGCUACAUUAGCAAUAUAAUAGCCAUCCGCUGCUUUGCUGUCUACAUGGGCACCUCUGUACUGGUGAACCUGGUAUUCAUGAUGACUUGGCUUCCUUCUUCUGCUGUCCUGUACGAGCGCUACAUAGCAACAAACUGCAUUUACAAGCCGGAAGACUACUGGAACAACACUGGCCAUAAGAGAGUUAUUGUCUCCCUCCAUUACAUUCUCAGGGGUCUCCAGAACACAUUGUGUGAAACCUCCAAGCUGUUAUUUGAGAAGCUUCUGCCUUGCGGGGUCAUAAAGUUUCGGUACAUCUGGAUCUGCUGGUUUGCAGCCUUAGCAAUAGGAGGUGCCUACAUUUCCUGUUCCAACCCUAAGCUCAAACUGCCUACUCUUGAGACAUCAUCUGUUCAGGUGUUUAGAUUGAGCCAUCCUUUUGAGAGGUACGAUUCCGAGUACUGUCACCAAUUCAUGUUUGAGAGGCUGGAGCACGGAGAAGGACAGCGUAUGCCUGUCACAAUAGUAUGGGGCAUUCUGCCUGUGGAUAAUGGGGAUCAUUUCAAUCCAAAAAGCAAUGGCACCCUAGUGACAGAUAUCACCUUUACAAUCCAAAAUCCCGAUGCCCAGAAGUGGCUCCUCGAAUUCUGCCAGAAAGUGAAGAACAAAACGUUCUAUUACCCCGAUGCUGAGCAGAAAUCUACCGUGUGCUUCAUGGAGGAGUUUCUCAGGUGGAUGGACAGUCGCCAAUGCUCCCAACGAGACCACAGCUUCAACCUCUGUUGUAACCAGUUCUCUUUCCCGUACGGAAGCGACGUUUUCCUACACUGCAUCAAAAUGAUGCUCCUGGAACAAGGUAGGGAAGGGGCUGAAACAUAUGAUCUGGGUCUCAGGUUUGACGGAGAGGGAAAUCUUGCUGCCUUAGUGCUACAGUUUCAAACUAUUUAUCACUACAGCUUCAAUUACAGCAAAGCCAAACAUUUCUACGAGGAAAUCAACCUCUGGAUAACAGAGGAAAUGAAAACUGCCCCCGUGGGGCUUCAAAACGGAUGGUUUACCAGUAAACUAGAGCUAUACAAUCUUCAGCACAGUCUUAGCACAGAAACGAUGGUGGUCAUGGGGCUCUCCAUAGCCAUUUCCUUUGUAGUGCUGCUGCUCACCACUUGGAACGUUCUCCUUAGCGUUUUCUCCGUUACUGCUAUUGCAGGCACCGUCCUGGUAACUGUUGGCCUUUUGGUCCUCUUGGAAUGGCAGCUCAAUGCAGUGGAAUCUCUCUUCAUUUCAGCUGCAGUAGGUCUCUCCGUUGACUUUACCGUGAACUACUGCAUCUCCUACCAUUUGUGCCCCCAUUCUGAUCGCCUAAGCCGAGUGGCCUUUUCCCUGAAGCAGAUGAGCUGUGCCACAGCCAUGGCAGCUUCUGCUCUGUUCUCUGCAGGGGUCAUCAUGUUGCCGGCUACCGUCCUGGCGUAUAGGAAGCUGGGGAUAUUCAUAAUGAUGAUCAAGUGUAUCAGCUGUGGGUUUGCCAGCUUCUUCUUCCAGUCACUGUGCUGCUUCUUUGGCCCAGAGAAGAACUGCGGGCAGAUCCUUUGGCCUUGUGCCCACACCAUGAAAGACUAUUCUGAUGACUCUGGGCUGAAUGGAAGCUUUGCCUGUGGGGGAAGUGAGAAGCAAAACAGACUGCGUAAGGUCCAGGAGUCCAACACUGCAAAUGAGCAAUAUGAGCUCCAGCCCUUGUCCAGAAAACUCAGUGACAGUUUUGACAACAGCACUUCCACAAGCAAGUUGUCCAAUCGGCCAUCAGUACUGUCUGAAGACACACAACUGGAAGACAACAGAUGCCCCAGAACAGGAAUGCACCCUUCUCUUGAAAGAGAAAGACAGAAUCUGCAGGAGACUCUUGGAGACCAGCAGGUUGGUCUGUGUCAGUGCCCUGCCUUACAGACGUCUUCUCCAUACAAGCACAGCAGCUCAGGAGCAGAAAUUCAAAGGGAGAGGCUCUGUAGAGAUUGUCAAUGUCAAAAGUACGGUCCAAAAGCUUGGGACGAGUCUGUGCUGGACCACAUCCAACUGGCUGGUGUGAAAGAUGACGGGCAGCUCAAUAAAUCACAGUGCUCUAGUGACACUGCCCAGCAGCAGUCAGAUUAUACCUCAGACAACAGUCAUCUUCCUGCUGCUGACAUCUACAAAAUUCACAGAUGCCUUUGUUCUCUUGGCAGCUCUUUUGACAUGCUCAACAUCUCCAGUGAGACGUCAAUUAGUGAUUUUGAGCAAGGCCUAAAACUUGCUGAAUCAGCCAGUUCUUGUCCAGAUGUUUUAGAGCUGUCAGAUUCAUACAGUCAAACAGAAAGAGGUUACUUGAACGGGAAGAGAGAUACCCUGCGGCUGGACCUGAGGGAGACUGUGUUUGAUAUCUCGCCAGUAGCAUCACAGCAAAACAGCUCCUCAUGGAAAAAUCGAUUUGGAUUAGGGAGUGAAGAUCCAGUUGUGUUACCAAACAGCCAACCAGAUAUGCCUGAUGUUUGGAUCAAACGAUCUAGUGCACAAAAUGCUGGUUACAGCAGUUGAAAUUUUGCAGGAAACAAACCGUACUGCUUGGGAAAGGAGAAAGGCAAAAUCUCCUCUGAACUGUAAAUAUCACAUCUUUCCUCCCAUUUCUCCUAGAGCUGAGACUAUUUCUUAGCCGUGCAAACACCUGUGUUUUCACAGAACCAGCAAAUCCAAUACUAGUGAGGGGAUCAAUCUUAAUGCAGUACAAGCUCUUUGACCUUCCAGUGUCCUGUUCCACAUACUCAGCUGUACUGCAGAGCUUAUCAAGUAAACAUUCUCUGUCAUUUCCUACAGGGUGAUUAGAUUUUGUUUUCUUGUCAGACCCAUACAGGAGAGAAAUACUGAGAGAUGAGUCUCUCCAGAUAUUUAAAGACAGAGAAGUCAUA